AGUGAGCGUUUGCUACGAAUCAGGACCACUACACUCAAACAGCAAAAAUGCUGGCUGGUUUUCCAGGACUGUAUAGCUUGCUGAUAUUCAGUCUAGUGCUGAAUUUGACAGUAGGUGUAGAUGUUGGCUGUCAGAACUGGACUCCUUCAGGAAAAAAUUAUGUCUGCUGCACAAGCUGUAAACCAGGAAACCGCUUGGUGAAAAGAUGUGGAUAUGACCCAGCAGAACUCUGUAAACCAUGUGAACCUGGCACUUACAUAACCGGAACUGAUUUCAGCUGUGAUAUUUGUACCCAAUGCAUAGGCAUACAGUUUGUGGCUAAAAACUGCACAAGCAGCAGUGACACCGUAUGCGGCUGCAAGCCUGGAUUUCGGUGUGGAGAUGCCAAAUGUUCUCACUGUGUUACUGAAUGCAAAAAAGGAGAGGAGCCCAAAGGCCGAGUAUGUGGACAAUGUCCUGAGGGAAAAUUCAGCGAUAAAAUCCACAGUACGUGCAAAGAAUGGACAAAAAGCAGUUGUCCAGAUGGAUACAAAUUGAAAAAAGGAAACUUGACCAGUGACAGCACAUGCAUUCCACCACCUUCGAGUAGUGUAAGAACAGUAACUGAACAAGAAACAUUGCCUGUCAUUAGCAAAGAAAAAGGUAAAUGAGGUUUGCGUAAAUAAAAUCAAGUACCUUUUACUGAAUUUCACAUUCUAAGCAUCUUUCUUUUCUGGGUUUCUUCAAGACGAGAUGAAUUGGCUUCCAGUUUUGAUUGCAGCAAUGAUAGCAGGGUUGGCUCUUCUUUGCAUCAUAUUGUCAGUGGUGGCAUAUGUUAAGGCACAAAACAAAACAAAAAAGAAGGCAAAAACUGAGCAAGGCAAUUCAGACGACUCUACGAUUAUGGUGGUGGAGCAAGAACACUGUAGUUUUCAUCAUCCUGAGCAGGAACAGGGUGGAAGCUCGCAAUCCAUCAAUACGGAAAACUCAGAGUCCAAACUCAUAGUGUGAUGUGACUGAGGCCUGUUGCACAAAUGAGUUGAAACUCCAUGGUGUAUCACGAACCUUAAUCUCUGUUAACCCAGGGAUAGAGCUUGUGAUUGUCGGUGUAUUCCACCCUCUGAAGCCACCACAUUGAAGAGUGAACACCAAACUGGUGUUCAAAGCUGGCCACUUCAAAAGGGUCCUCUGAAAUGAAGGAUUUCAAAGGAUAUCGGGCACUUUGGGACUUGAUCCUUUGAGUAGGGAAGUUGUUUGGUGUUGAGGUUUGGCCCGAAACUGAGCACAAACAUACAGCAGACCGGCUUUCUGCAACAGGCCUCUGGACAGCAUUGCUACACUAAAACGAAGCUUUAAAAAAAAAAAAAAAAAAAA